UAAAAUGUCUGAGGAUCUCUCCAAUACACUUAUAAGAAUAUAUCUAAUCAUCUAAGAUGAUAAAAUGGUUAAAUUUCAUUUUGUGUCAGGGAUAGCGGAUACACAUACUCUGAUUCAAAUUUUGGACAAGGAACAUUGCCUAUACUGUUGGACGACGUAGUGUGUUCCGGCUCGGAGAUGAGCCUUGAGGACUGUUCUCGUCGUUCUUGGGGCACAAACAACUGUGGAAUCGGCGACGAAGUUGGAGUUUCGUGUAAACCAAAUCUGCACAUCCGUCUUGUUGGAGGAAGCACUUCCCGUAGAGGACGCGUGGAGGUGACUAUCGACGGUAGUCAUUGGGGUACAAUGUGUGACGAUAGAUUUAAUAACAACGCCGCUAAAGUUGUGUGCAGAAUGUUAGGUUAUCCAACAUCAAAUGCACGAUAUAACACCAGUGUCAGUCGAGGCACUGGGCCAAUUUUCCUGGAUGAAGUCAACUGUACUGGGUCAGAGACAUCCUUGCUCUUGUGUAAGCACAACCGAUGGGGUGAUGACGACUGCCACCACGAUGAAGAUGUCGGGGUUGUAUGUGCUUAGAAACGGGAAUAUUGUAUCAACUCUAUAACACUU